AUGACCACCAAACGUUCUCUGCCCAUCGAGCAAUACCAAGUAGGCGUCAUCUGUGCUCUUCGUCAUGAGAUGACGGCCGCAAUCGCCAUUCUAGAUGAGCGGCAUCAGCCGAUCACGGGUCAAGACAAACUCGAUCCCAAUAACUAUGUGCUGGGCCGAGUUCACGAACACAACGUGGCGAUUGCCUGCUUGCCAGCUGGCGUCUACGGCACGAAUGCGGCGGCGAGAGUGGCCAACGACAUGCUGAGGACAUUCAUUGGCCUGCGGUUUGGACUGAUGGUGGGAAUUGGAGGCGGGAUCCCCAACCUACCUAAGAAUUUGGACAUCCGUCUCGGGGACGUGGUGAUCAGCCAGCCUGACUUAACGUUCGGGGGAGUAGUCCAGUACGAUUUGAGAAAGAACCUCGGCGAGGAGCCAUUCGAACGUAAAGGGGUUUUGAAACCACCACCGACCCUACUACUAGCUGCGCUCUCUACUCUGCAGGCGGAACACGAUCUCGAGGACAGCAAGGUGCCAGGCAUACUGGCCGAUAUGGUCAAGAAAUAUCCUAAUUUGGUGAAGAAUGGGUAUGGGUUCCCGGGGCGGGAGAAUGACAGUUUAUAUUGCCCCCAAUGUGGUGGCUCUAACUCUUCGGGGUUAUGCCACUCAUGUACAGACGGGAAGAUCGAGAGACCGGCUCGCGACGAUCAGCACCCUGCAUUUUGGUACGGGGUUAUUGCAUCAGGAAAUGAAUUGAUGAAAAAUGCGGCGGAAAGAGACAGAAUAGGCCGGGAAUUUGGAGCACUGUGCGUGGAGAUGGAAGCAGCUGGGCUGAUGAAUGAUUUCCCGUGCAUUGUCAUUCGCGGUAUCUGUGACUAUACAGAUUCUCACAAGAAUGAUAGGUGGCAGAAGUAUGCCGCUCUCACGGCGGCAGCCUACGCCAAAGAAUUUCUCGAGUAUAUAUCACCGGAGCAGACGAGGCUGGAAAAGCCCAUCCAAGACAUCGUUGAUUCUCUGAAGGAGCAAUCCAGCUUGAUGAAAGAGCACCUUGUCGAGGUCAAACGAGAAAACGAGAAAAAAGACCAGCGGUAUCAGAAUCAUCAGCAGCGCCAAUGUCUUCGAGCAUUCAAAACGAGCACAUACGAACAAUUCAAAGAUGUCAAUCCCGAUCGAGUGGAAGGAACAUGUCAGUGGGUGCUGUCCCACCCUCAAUAUCUUCAAUGGCUCAAAAAGGCUCAUGAUGACCUGCUCUGGAUCUCGGCCGAUCCGGGGUGCGGCAAGUCGGUCCUCGCUAAAUCGCUCAUUAACAAUGAAUUUCGACAUAUGGAUCGGCAUACUGUGUGCUACUUCUUUUUCAAGGACAACGAAGAGCAGGACAACGUAGCUACUGCUCUGUGCGCCCUCCUCCAUCAACUGUUCUCCCAUCAGCCCCAGCUAAUUCAAUAUGCAAUUCCGGCAUGGGAGGAGACUGGCGACAAACUCGUGAGGGAGGUGUCAGAGCUAUGGCGCAUGUUGGUCGCCGCCGCAAGAGAUGACCAGGCUCACGACGUGACGUGCGUUCUGGAUGCGCUGGACGAAUGUCGACUCUCUGAUCGACGGUGGCUGAUUGAGAUGCUUUCCUGGUUUUACACCCAGGUAUCAGCCUUCCCGUCGUCAACGCGGCGAGGCCGACUGAAAUUUCUCGUAACCAGCCGGCCCUAUGAUGAUAUACAGGCGGAGUUCCAGAAGAUGCUGCACGAUCUCCCUACGAUCCGUCUACGGGGUGAAGAGGAGAACGACCAAAUUCACCAAGAAAUCGACUUGGUCAUCCGAAUGCGAGUGGGAAAACUCGCGACAGACUUAAAAUUGGAUAACGACACCAAGGACCAACUGGAAACUCGACUCCUCGAGAUGGGGCAUCGCACGUAUCUGUGGCUUUAUCUCGCGAUUGAGAGUAUCUAUCAGACUUACCGGAACAGUUUGCGACCCGAGGAAGCAUCGAUCACGUUACUUCCCUCGAGCGUGGAAGACGCAUACGAGAAGAUUUUGAAUCGUAUCAGUGGACACCAGAGCAGUCAUGUGAAGAAGAUCCUCCUAAUUAUAGUUGGGGCACGGCGUUCACUCCACGUCGAAGAGAUGGCCAUCGCUCUCGGAAUAGCCACGUCGGCACACCCCAAGUCCGUAUAUAAUGCUAAGCUCGACCCUCGCAGGCUGUUGAAUAAUAUUUGUCAGUGGUGCGGUCUAUUCGUCUUCAUCAAUCAUGAUCGAAUAUACCUUAUCCACCAGACGGCUAAGGAGUUUCUAGUUGGUAAGGGUGGCUACACGACUAUUCCAUCUAGGUGGAAGAAUUGCCUUGAUCCGCAAGAGAUUGAGAGAGAGAUGACUCGAAUAUGUUUAGAGUUUCUGUCCUUCAGCGAUGUUGCAGUAACAGCACAGUCCCUCAUCCCCCAAUUCCAAAGGUGUAAGGUGCCUGACGACUUUCUGGAGGAAAAUAAUUAUGUUCAAAGUCUUUUAGUCUAUUCAGCAAAACACUGGCCAUCUCAUCUACGGGACGCAUACCUACCUCAUGAUAAUUCGGUAAUAUCUCGAAUUCUAAGGUUUUAUCAGGUUAACAGCAGUUUGUACAACACCUGGUUCCCAAUAUUUUGGCAGAAGACGAACCCAUAUGAAGACCUUCCAGAAAUGAGUCCGAUACGACUUGGUGGACUGUUGGGCCAUGAAAACAUAUUGGAAUUGAUAUUACAGCAGAAAAAAGACUAUGAUAUCGACGAAUCAGACAGGGACGGCCGGACAGCGUUAAUCUGGGCAAGUGAGUAUGGUCACGACAAGGUAGUACAGAUACUCCUUAAGCGGGAUGCGGACCCUAACGCUCAAGGAGGAGAGUAUAGUAAUGCACUCCAAGCCGCAUCUUUGGGUGGUCAUGAGAAGGUAGUGCAGAUGCUCCUUGAUCGAGAUGCGGCACCUUACACUCAAGGAGGAUACUACGGUAAUGCACUCCAAGCCGCAGCUUGGGGUGGUCGUGAGAAGGUAGUGCAGAUGCUCCUUGAGCGAGAUGCGGACCCUUACACUCAAGGAGGAGAGUAUGGUAAUGCACUCCAAGCCGCAGCUUGGGCUUGGGGUGGUCAUGAGAAGGUAGUGCAGAUGCUCCUUGAGCGAGAUGCGGACCCUUACACUCAAGGAGGAUACUACGAUAAUGCACUCUUUGUCGCAUCAAGGGGUGGCCGUGAGAAGAUAGUGCAGAUGCUUCUCAACAAAAAUGCCGACCCUAAUGCUCAAGGAGGAUACUACGGCAAUGCACUUCAAGCCGCAUCUUUAGGUGGUUAUGAGAAAGUGGUGCGGAUACUCCUCGAGCGAGGAGCGGACCCUAAUGCUGAAGGAGGAGAGUGUGGCAAUGCACUGCAAGCCGCAUCUUUGCGAGGUCAUGAAAGAGUGGUGCAGAUACUUCUCGAGCGAGGAGCGGACCCUAAUGCUGAAGGAGAAGCUAUCAAUGGCACCGCUGGCAACGUGACGAACUAG